AUGUUUAUUUGUUUCUUUCUUUCUAUAUCUCUAGUUUGUUUCUUUCUUUUUUUAUAUCUAUCUACAUUUGUUUCUUUCUAUACAUCUAGGUUCAUUCAUUUCUUUUGUUUUAUCCAUCUGUAUUCUUUCUUUCUUUCUUUCUAUCCAUGUAGGUUUGUUUGCUUCUUUCUUUCUAUUCAUCCAUCUAGGUUUUUCUUCCUUUAUAAUACAUCUAGGUUUGUUUGUUUCUUUCUUACUUCCUAUCCAUCUAAGUUUGUUUCUUUUUUUUUCUAUCCAUCUAAGUUGGUUUGUUUCUUUCUUUCUAUCCAUCUAGGUUUGUUUUUUUUUCUUACUUCCUAUCCAUCUAAGUUUGUUUCUUUUUUUUCUAUCCAUCUAAGUUGGUUUGUUUUUUCUUUCUAUCCAUCUAGGUUUGUUUCUUUCUUACUUCCUAUCCAUCUAAGUUUGUUUCUUUUUUUUUCUAUCCAUCUAAGUUGGUUUGUUUGUUUCUUUCUUACUUCCUAUCCAUCUAAGUUUGUUUCUUUUUUUUUCUAUCCAUCUAAGUUGGUUUGUUUCUUUCUUUCUAUCCCUCUACAUUUCCUUAUUUGUUCAUCUCUUUAUGUCCAUUUAGGUUUCUUUCUAUCCAUCUCCCAAUUAAUGUUUCUUUCUUUCUUUCUUGCUUUCUGUCCAUCUAGAUUUGUUUCUUUUGUCUCUUUCUGUCCAUCUAUAAAGAUAGAGCUGAGGAUAUCAACACAAGCAUAA